GAUCAGUAUGUAAAGUUUAUCAGUCCGGUGAUGAAAUCAACAUCCUGCAUUUUCUGUUUGAAUUUACAAUAUGCUUGGCGCUCAUUAACCAUUUGACGAACGUUUCUAGUUUCACAUAAAAGUCAACUGUUCCCUUAAAUGUGGGAAGGUCUGCAGUGACGUGACGUUGAGCUAGUAUGUCACUUCCGAGUUCUUAAGCGAUAGCUAGUGAAAACAGUUUUAAAACGUAUGGUGUUUAAAUGUAAGAAUACCACCAUGGGGGGUAAGAAUAAACAGCGAACAAAAGGAAAUGUUCGGCCGUCCAGCAGCGGCCGAGCUGCUGAGGUUCUGGCCAGGGAAGGUGGUGCCAUCCCGGGCUUCGUGGGCUUCGACACCACGGUCGCCUCUGAGUUGAGUUAUGUCCCAGCUGUCCACGGAGCGGAGGAAAUAGACAACCUGGUGGAUGCGGAUUUCCGCCUGGUGCUGCGGAAACUGUCAAAGAGGGAUGUUGUCACCAGACUAAAAGCAGUGCAGGACUUCGGGGCCAUGUGUCAGGAACGGGAUGCAGAAGAGGUGAAAGGAGUUCUGCCAUACUGGCCAAGAAUUUACUGCAAGAUAUCAGUGGAUCAUGACCGCCGUAUCAGGGAGGCCACUCAGCAAGCCUUCGAACAGCUGGUGCUAAAAGUACGUCGCAGCUUGGCCCCCUUUCUGAAGAGUUUGAUGGGCCACUGGAUUCUGUCGCAGUGUGACACUUACAUGCCUGCAGCCUCUUCUGCAUGCCAGGCCUUUCAGGCUGCGUUCUCGCCGGCUAAACAACCUGAAGCUCUUGACUUCUGCAAGGAUGAGAUCCUUAAUGUGCUUCAAGAUAUUUUAUUAAAGGAAACACCAGACACUCUCAGUGAUCCACAAAGUGUGACAGAAGAGGAGAGAGAAGCCAAAUAUGUUCGCAUGCUCACCAGUUCCCUGUUAGGGGUGAAGAGACUGCUUUCUUUGCUGCUUCAGAAUGACAGAGCAGCAUUGGAGCAAAGACUAGCUCUUCUGGUCAGCUCUGGGAAGUUCUGGAAAUACAGCAAGCACAAGACACCACAGGUCAGAGGGGCCUUUUUCGAGAUGAUGUGUGCUCUGUGCGGAUUCACACCAGAACUGGUCCAGAGUGAAGCAGCGCGACUCUGCCCUGCUGUUCUCCUCAGUAUCGACGACACAGAUCCUGUUGUCCUUCCUCAUGUGUGGGAGGCUGUUCUUCAUGUUGUGUCUAUAAUCCCUGAUUGUUGGACACACGUGAAUGCUAAGAAAGGCUUUCUUCCUAAACUCUGGGCUCUAUUAAAAGAAGGCGGUAAAGGCAUGGCUAAAGGACUCCAUCCAAAUCUAAUGCCUCUCCUCAGUAAAUUGUCACAGCAAGUCACCGAUCCUAACUUGGACUUCUACACCUCUUUCUUCACUGCAUUCCUGCAAGGUCUGUCUAGUGAGCGUGCAGUGACGAGCCCAUCAGAAAGUGCAGUCAUAGUGACGUCUCUUGUUGAGUGCUUGAGGUACUGCAUACUGCAGAACACUGGAGAUGAGCCGUCUCAGGAACAAAUAAGGACCAUGCUUGUUUCCCAGCAGCUUCUGCCUUUAAUUGAAAAGGCCAUUAGAAAUAUAUCCCUCCAAAAUGGGCCUCUUUUCCUCCUGGUCACUGAAAUGCUCAUUUCCUGGGAGAAGAGGGCAGGUUUACAUGGUGAAGGUGAGGAAAAUAACAGCAAGAAUGUCUUCAAGAGACUUUUAGCAGACUUCUGGGAGGGACUUGGUCUUCUGUGUGUGUGUUUUGUUGACGACGAGGAUGUGGAUCCUCAGGCUUUGGAAGGUGUAGCCACUUUGCUGCAAGUCAUGCGUUAUCCUGAGAGAGUAAGCAAAAAACAAACCCAGAAGAAGAAAUCUGUCAUGAUGUGUCUCUCAAAGACAGAAGAGGAUGAGAAAUCAGUAAUUCAGGCAGAGGGAGUUGAAAAGGCUUCGCAGAUUGUGUCAGAGCCUGUGAACGAGAAGGCAUUAGGGUCCCUACAGACUCAGCAUUUUGAAGACGUUGUGUGCCAGCUGGCACAGCUUUGUCUGCUGCAUGUGAAUGAGAAAAACUCAGAGAAACAUCUUGUUUUUCUGUCCCUUCUUCUGCAGUCUUUUCACACGCUCAGGAUCUUCAGUACCUUACUGGAAUUUGAUGAAAAUGUACCUAGAGAUGUUAAAUGGACGGAUGAGAAAAAUCCAGCAGUUGAGUUUCUGCUGAACCGGGUGGUCGUGUGGCUGGCUGAGAUGGGACGCAGCGAUACUGAGCACCUGGUGGAGAUGGUUUUCAGCUCACUUUCCUGCUGCAGCCAGGAGGAGACCACACAAAUUCUCAAUCAUGUCACCACGAUGGGUUUGCAAUGGGGAAUUAUCCUGCAAAUUAUUCAGAGGGCAUGUAAAGAUCCCAAGACUCAUACAAGCUGCAGGGAAUGGCUGAAAGGUUCAGUUAUUGGCGAGCAGCUCCUGGGAUUGACUGAAGAGCUCUGCGAGGUGGGGCGCAGCUCUACGUCUUCCAGAACUCCAACAAGCAACCACAGCUGGGCACUUAUCAGCCUUGUUCUCUCCCAGAACAACAACAACGAGUCUCUGAUAGGGGAGGUAUACAUGGAGAAAAUGUUAGAGAAGCUCCACACCACUCUGUCUGAGACCAAGAGUCUGUCUGAUGCAGGCGACAUGGAGCCACUCAUCUCCUUCAUCUGCGACGUAGCUUCUUCUUUCUUCUCCUCUGUACAAGACUGUCUUCUGCUCCUCUCUGCUGAGGAGCUCCUGCUGACGGUCUUUCAGCUGACUGCUCAAGAUCAAAGACACACUCACCUGUCUGAAUCACUGCUGGAUAAGUUGAAGAAAGUGUGUGUAGCUGGGGUCAGGUCACUGGUUCAGCACUGUGACCGUGAGGUCAGCGAAGGCGGGUUCCUGCACAUUGCAGCCGUCUGGGUAAUGAAGCAACUUCUGACCGUCUCUUUAGAUAUUAAAAGCUUGCAGGUUCUAGUCGGAGCUCUCCAAACCUUAGUGGAAACAAUCAUCUCUGUCGGCGACCAGGCAUCCUCUAUCCUCAGCCAAUUCUUUACUCUUUUGACACCGAGCCAGACAGAGUGGACCAGAAUCAGACACGCCCUGUCUCCUCAGUGGGUCAAAUCUCCUUUACUAUCCAACCGCCACAGAGGAGUCUGUGAAAAACCCUCGAAGGACAUGUGGAAGUUUAGAGAUUCAAGCAGGCUGCCUGCUCACCUCUGUGUCUGUGCCGUCUUGGGAAGGGUGGCCCAGACAGCUGCAGUUUUGCCUUGUGGCCAAAAGGAGGCACUGUGUCCUUCAUUUUUCCCAAACCUUACAGGCACAGUUUCAGAACUGCUGUAUGCACUGCAGUGGUGUAAGGAGCUUGAUUACAGACCCACCGUAGCAUCUGCCUAUCGAAACCUGUUGGCUGAAUGGGGACUUUCAGAUGGACUCCAUAGCAAAGUUCCAAUGAAAUCUCUGCUAGAGACCCUCUACUCAAGGUCAGUGACAGAUGGUGGUUUGUGGUCUCUGACUCUAGAGAACUAUAUCCAAACCAACAACUUGUCAGCCACUCGCAGCGGAGCUAUAAGAAGACUUUAUGAUAGCGCUGAUAGUCUUUUCCCAGUGUCUCUGAGCACGCUAAGCACACUCCAGGUGCUCUGCCCACUGAUGACAAAAGAAGACAGAGAAACUCUGAUUGUUUUGGCAACUGCUGGAAUAAUUAACUGGCAAGAGAAUGAAAGUGUUUAUGGCUGUCUGGCAGUGCUGCUGUGCUGUCUAAAUGCCAACACUCAGGUAGAAGAGGAGGUUGUGCAGGCUGUCCUCGCCACUAUGAUGGAGUGGAGGAACAGCAGGGAGGACUGGUUUCUCUUUAGCUGUGACCUGUUGGAAACAACAUCUGAGCAGCUGAACCUCAAUGUGGAGAUGAUUCGAUUCUUGUGUUGGCUGGUGACUCAUUGUCCAGCUCUCCUCGGGGGAAACCAGUGGGACUUUCUGCUCUGCUCCAUGUUGGCCUGGUUGGAGACUGCCAGUGAGAAUGUGAGCAGUCUGUGGAACCCGUGGGUACAGCUGUUUGUGUGCGAGAACUCUGCGUUAAUCGCAACUCUGAACCGGUUCUUCGCAUCGUCAUCUGCUGACGUACUGGAGAAGUUGCCAACAGAACUGGCUGGUGAAUGGAGAGAUUUCUUUCUAGAGGGAAUCUACAACCUUCUGUUGCCCCUGCCAGUUAAAAUCACUGAGGCCUUUCCUGAACCAGAUGACCCUGUGUUCCCUAUGGCUGUACUCCAGUCAGUUGGUUUGGCUCUGACCUAUGUUCCAGUGCAGCAACUCAACCAAAACUCCUUGCCGCCUCGAUUCAUAGCGAACCAAAAGACGAACCUGCCAGAGAGCCUGCAGACGCUCUUGAACACUCUGUGUCCCCUGCUGCUGUUUAAGGCCAGGCCUUUGCAGAUAACUGUUCACCACAUGCUGGAAAAGGUGAUGCCACAGCUACCUGAAUGUGAUGGAGAAGGCGAUAACAAUAAGUCGGAUGAUGACAGAGACGAGCCAUGUCUAUCUCCUCCAGCUUCACUCAUGGCCAUUCUGUCCACCUGUGAAGAGCUGUGUGAUAGCAUCCUGGCAGCGGUUCAGGUGGGAGAGUUUGCUGUGGUCCAACCUCUCAGCGUGGAGUACUCCUGCAUCCUGGCAUACCUUCUUGCAUGGAAGUUGCUCCUUACUUUUUUCAAAUCCUCCCCCUCCCAUCUGCGUGCCCAUUAUGCUCAGUAUCUUAAGAGAAACUGCUCCCUUAACAAGCUGCUCCUCCAUCUCUUCAAACUGAUGCCGGAGAACCCGAUUUGCCCGGGCCAAGGGACAGAGACAAAGGAGAGUAAAACUUUCUUUACAGAGAGCCUGCUUCUCACAGUUGACAAGAUUGUCGGCGUUGAUUGGGAGCUCCCUCACCUGGCUUGCAGUGUGUACUACAGCACAGUGCAGGACCUGCCUGCUAUGGUACGUCUAUGGUGGAACAGCCAGGAGAAGAGAGUGAGCUCUGCUGUGGAAAAGUUCACCAGUAAAUACGUCAGUCCUGUUCUUUCAGCCCAGGAGAUCUCCUCCGUCCAGGACAGCACUCAGAUGUUUGACAGCAUGACUGUCAAGGCCCGCUCGGCAGCACGAGAAGUGAUUGCCACCUACUCUGUGGACGAUAUCUACAUCGAGUUGGUGAUUCAGCUGCCGCAGAACUACCCUCUGGGCUCCAUCACUGUGGAGAGUGGGAGACGUGUGGGCGUAGCCGUGCAGCAGUGGAGGAACUGGAUGCUGCAACUGAGCACCUACCUCACACAUCAGAAUGGCAGUAUAAUGGAGGGCCUGGCCCUGUGGAAGAACAACGUCGAUAAACGCUUUGAGGGCAUCGAGGACUGUAUGAUCUGCUUCUCUGUCAUCCACGGCUCCAACUACUCCCUACCUAAGAAGGCUUGUCGUACCUGCAAGAAGAAGUUCCACUCUGCCUGUUUGUACAAAUGGUUCACUUCCAGCAACAAGUCCACCUGCCCGCUCUGCAGAGAAACCUUCUUCUAGUACUGGCCUGUACUGAUUUUUUCACAGGAGAUAUUAUUACGAAACCUAUCCAGAAUGCUGUACAAUUGGUUGGAUUACUGAUGUGAUUGAAAAAGAAUCUGGUGGAAUCAUGGACAAAUGUAGAGCUAUUCAUAUUUUUACAUCCUAUAUGUCCAUGCUCAGAUAUAUGGGUUAAAAUACCCCAUUAGUGUGUACAUAGCAGUGCUUUUCUGUAUUGCUAAUGUGAAUAACCAAUGGGCUCAUCUUGUUUUUAUGUUUCUUGUCAUACAGCUUGUUUGCUCUUUGAAUCCCCUACAUACAUGCAGAAAACAUUGAUUAAACUGAUUUGAUUUAUCACUGGAGGUAAAAUGAGUUUUGAAAUGCAAAAAGCAACUAAAAGCUGGUUAGAUAAUUAUGUCAGUUUAAGUGAGUUUUCAAUGUAAAAUUUCCUAAUAUUUAGGAGUGUAAAGCGACUAUCUGAUUAGUGACAUUUUAUCUUUCAGAACCAGAAAACAGGACUCUAAAGUAAAAAAUCCAAAUGCUCACAAAUAUCUGAGCCUAACACUGUGUGUCUUACCCUGUGCCUACAUUCACCUGUAAAUGAUGUUAAAAAAUAAUUGGAAUAAAUCUCCUGGAUAAUACUA